AUGGAGCAGCGUCUGUCCAGAGCUAUUCCUCGGGAGUUUGCAGCUAUUUUCUUUCUGGUUAUUUUGUGGCUGGUGCCUGGAACAUCCGAAACUCGGAAAUCACACCCUGGAUGUCAACUCAAGAUGAAAAGUACUGCUUUUGAUUUGAAUGAUAAAGAAUACGGAACUCUCAUGACCUUUUUCUUUGCUGUUGAUGAGAUAAAUCGGAACCCAGAUAUUUUGCCCAAUGUCACCCUGGGAUAUCAUGUAUUUGAUUCAUGUGGAGAUAGCCAGAAAUCUGUAAAGAAUGUCCUGGGGAUAUUAUCUGGCAGAAGGAGAGAAGCUCCGAAUUAUUCCUGCCAGAAGAAGAGUAAAAUAGCUGGAUUUCUAGGAGAUCGUUACUCUGCCACGAGCAUUGCAGCGGCACAGGUUCUCGGUCUAUAUGGAUACACGCAGAUCAGCUAUGGGGCCACCGACCCGCUGCUCAGUGACAGAAUUCUUUAUCCAUACUUUUUCCGCACAACACAAAAUGAUCUGACUUAUUAUGAAGCCAUUGUAAAGCUGCUGAAAUAUUUUGAUUGGAAUUGGGUUGGAAUAAUGACAACAAGAGAUCAGAGUGGAGAGACGCAGCUCCGGGAGCUGAGCCAAGUGAUCACCGGGCGCGGGAUCUGCAUUGAGUUCAUCAUCAAAAUCUCAGACACACUGCAAGAAAACCACAAGGAUCUGGAUAUCAUUAAGAAAUCAACAUCACAGGUUAUAAUAGCGAUCGGUACAUGUCAUCUGAAUUGUGUUUACGCCUUUCUUAACAACAAAUCUGCGCAAAUGCUGCAAAAUAUAACACUUAUCUAUACAUCUUCAUGGUCGUAUGUUUUAACUUUUAGUAUAAAAACAGGCAUACCUUUUAGCAGCGGUUUAAGUUUUUCAGCCCUCGUUACGGAAAUUCUAGGCUUGCAAACAUUUAUGGAAACUGUCCAGCUAUCCAACGACGUGACUGAUCCCCUGCAGGAAGAUAUUUGGCUAUUAGAGUUUCAUUGUCUAACGUCAAAUCGGCACAAAAGUGAUUUUUUCCAAUGUCUAUAUAAUUUUACUGCAAAUAACUGCACUGGAAAACAGAAUAUUAUAGAUCUGAUUAGUUACAAAACUGAUUCCAUCCCUUAUCUGACUUACACUGCGGUUAAUGCCCUGGCUCGUGCUUUACACAAUAUGAACCGGCGUUUCAAUCGUCCUGAAAAAGAUUUGCUGAAUUAUGAAUAUCAAAACAAGGUGAAUAUACUAUUAAGUUAUAUGUUACACGUUAUGGUUUUGGAGGAAUUAUGAAUAGUUUGGAUGAGAUCUGGUGCAAAAGUUUCACAGUAACUGCUGUGUUUAUAAAAUGGCGAGCACAAACCGCAAAACCAAAA